CCGCGGUCUGCGCCUCUGCCUUUCGGCUGCUGGAGAAGAGCCCAGCAGCUCUCCUCAGGACUGCGGCCGGAACCAUUUUGGGGCCUUUUCCUGUCCCCCAGUGCUUAAAGCUCCUCGGGCCGCUCGGGGUGGCCGCGGCCCCCACACCAUGGAGGCCGUGCUGCCCGAGGACCUGCAGCGGGACGUCGGCCUGGCCAAGCGGAGGCACGCGGAGCUCUGCAGGCAGAGGCGGGUCUUCAACGCCAGGACCAGGCUCAUUGGGGGAGACACACAAGCCUGGGAUGUUCAGGUUCAAAACCGGAAGAUAAAGGAAGCAACUGAAAAAGCUAGACAUGAAACAUUCGCUGCUGAAAUGAGGCACAAUGACAAAAUUGCAUGCAUACUGCAGGACCGGGAAAGGAGAGACAAGAAACAGCUCUGCAGAGCUAUCACUGACUUUCAGCAGAACUUUCAGAAGCUGGAAUCGCGCCGUGAAUUUGAUCUGUCUGACCCCAUGGCCCUUAAGAAAGACCUUCCAGCCCGGCUGUCAGAUAAUGAUGUCCGGAAUACCAUAUCAGGAAUGCAAAAGUUCAUGGGAGAGGAUUUGAACUUUGAAGAGAGGAGGAGAGUCCAGAAGGAACAGAAUAGAGAAUGGUCCUUGCAACAGCAAAGGGAAUGGGAGCGAGCCCGUGCAGAACACAGGCUUGCAGAAGAUCUCCACACACAGGCAAGACUCCAAUUUGAUGAAACAGCCAGGCACCUGCAGAAGCUAGACAGAUCCACCAGGAAGGCAGUCUGUGCAGCUGUGGGAGAGUUUAAUAAGAAGCAGGCUGCAGAGUCUGCAGAAAGGAAAAGGCAAGAGAGGCAACAAGAGCAAGCAGACAACCUGGCCGAGAUCUGCAGCCUGCUGUGUGGGGACCUGCUUUCUGAGAACCGGCAGCAAGCCGCCAGCUCCUUCGGGCCUCACCGUGUGGUCCCUGAUCGCUGGAAAGGCAUGAACCAGGAGCAGCUGGAAGAGAUACGCUUCACUCAGAAGCAGCAAAUUCAGGAGAAGCUGAAGCUCCAGGAGGAAGAGCACCAGCGCAAUCUGUACUGGGACAGGUGCAGGAUCCAGAAGGAUCACUCUAGCCUGCUGCAUGAGCGGCAGCAACAGCGCCUGCAGCGGGACCUACGCAGGGCCCUGGACUGCAGCAACCUCAGCCUGGCCAGGGAGCAGCAUUCACGGAAAAAGCAAAUGGAUGAAGCCUCUACAAGCCAACCCAACGAAGACUAUUUCUCACAGUUUAAUACAAGAAGCCGCACUGAGGGCUUGAGUCUGCAAUGGAGAUGUCAGCCGGGUGCUUUCUUACAAAGCAGUGAAGGAGGAUCCUCCCAGUUCUCUGAGCUGCUGACAUUCCUUGGUGGUCUUUGGUGGGUGACAUCCCCUUCCCUGUGCCCCCUUUUCAUGUGGCCCUUCUGUGUGUGUCUGUGUCCAGAUUUCCCUUUUCCUAAGGAUACCAAUCCUAGCGAGAUAGGGUCUACUCUAAUUAGACUUCAUGCUAACAGUUAGAUCCACUAUUACCCUAUUUUCCAAGUAAGGUUACAGUCUGAGCUGUUGGGGAUUAGGGGCACAAGUCACCCUAUCACAGAAGUGCUGAGGGGCAGCUGGGUUCAUUGAUAAUCCCUGGAAGGCAUUCUGCUGAUGGACCAUUGGGGCUGACAGCCAGUGGUGGUAGGUCCUCCUGCUUUUGAGGAGAGGGUAAAAUGUGGGAGGUAAUGCCGUUUCACUCCAUGAGCAACACUGAGGGCUCUUUAAGUCCAGGGUCUUAUGUCAGUCCCUGGGCAGGAAAGGUUGUUCAACCUAGCAGGAGAUUUGGGAGGAGAAGUUCAUCCUUGCAAGGUGGAAUCAUAUGUGAGCACGUGGCAGAAGGCGGACCAUGCCAGGAGGCCACUGUGGCAAUCUCUCAGUGCAGAGGCCCAGCAUGGAGAGGCAAACCUCACCUUUGAGUUCCAAAAGGGCCUCCUUUAUUUGAAUUUAAUCCUUAUUAUAAAUUGUGUGUGUGAUGAUCCCAAUGGAAGGCCAGGUUUGAAAACCCGUUUGCUUGUAUUAUGUGAGCCCUGUGCUGGCCACCAGCAGCGUAGCCAUUCCCUGCAUGGAGUGACCAAACACAGAGCUUCAGGUACUGGUUACAGCAAGGCCCAGCAGCAUCACCGGAGUUUGUGGUCAUUAUAGGCUGGGUGAUGUCCUACGGCUGGAAAGCAGAUCCAGGGCCCAUGUAUGGGCCCUCUCCAUGCUUUUCUGAAUGACUUGUUAGGGUGUCACACAUCCUACAGACAGGCUACAGAGGGCUUUUGUUUUGCUUUUAAAUUUUAUCCCCACUGCUUUUUACGAAAAACUUCAAGCACAGAAAAGCUGAACAAAUGUACAAUUUGCACCCACUGCCUAAAUCUGCAAUUAAUAUUUUGCUGUCUUUGUUUGAUCUGUCUUCCUGUAGGCCGGCUUUUACAAAUGUUUCAGUUUUAUGCUUGCUAAAUUGCAUGUGGUGGCUCAGACCUUUAGUUCCGGAGGCUGAGGCAGGAAAGAUUGAUAGUUUGAGGCCAGCCUGGACUUUAUAGUGACACCCCGUCUCAAAAAAUACACACACACACACAACCACACACAUUUAAAACAAGAGCUCUGAAAAGUUUAAUUUACCCACAAUUCACACACAGAAGCUGCUUGGGAAAUGUCUGCAGUUUUAUCCAUACUC